AAAUCACAGAAAAACACACAUUUGUCCAACGCGAAGACAAAAAACACAAGCCAAAAAAUCUUCCAACAAUGAAGUUUGUUGCCGCCGCCGUUGCCUGCAUUGCGGGCAGUACCGCCAUGACCCURGCGACCGCCGAACUCCGAGGAAUGCGCAACCUCGAACAGGACCACAAGAAAAUGCUCCGAAGAGUCCCACCCGGAUUCGACAUCAACCAAUUCACCCAGCCCCCAGAAGUCGCCGACGAUUCGUCGGGUACCCUUGUCGAGGACGACACCACUCCCAACAAUGCUCCGGAGGUCACCAACCCUCCCACCGCAGCACCAGUUUUGCCCGACUGCACCCCCGUCGAUGGAGCACCCUCCCGUACCGAGGAGUACGUUGUUGUCCAGUACGACAGCUCUGCCAACGAUAAGGUCAUCAACUUUGACAAGAAGGMSGACCAGAUCGUUCUCGACGUCUUGUACGAGUUUGCCUACAAGAACGCGACGGGCCCCUGCACCCAAAAGGGAGCCGUGAACGAGGUCUUCGACGCCGAGUUCUUGGCCUUCAACGAAGACGACAGCACAUUCUUGCUGCGCAUCGGACGCAUCACGAACUCCAUCGGCGAAAUGUUCUCUGGCACUUCCGAGAGCUGUGGACCCAUCGUCUACAACUCUACCGAUCCCGGAUCCGUSGACCUCUCCGUUCGUCGUCUGGAAGASCAGUGCGAAUGCCCUCUCCCCACCGCCGCCCAGCUCGUUGCGGGUUACAGCGCUGCCCUCGCCAACGAGUACAAGGACGAAGGCCUCGGUGAGAACUUUAUUGUCGGAACCCAACAGUUGUGUGCCGAGGAGGGAUGCAAGGCCGACAAGAAGGGAAUUACCACCUACAGCUCCGCCGGUGUCUGCCUGGGCGAUAUGGAAGCAUUGACCAACGUCCCUUCCAGUUCACCCACGGACUUUCCCACGGACUUUCCCACCAAGUUUCCAACCAAUAAACCCUCCAGGAAACCUACCACAAAACCUUCCAAGAGUCCAACAGAGGGUCCAACCAAGGAGCCAACCUUCGAGCCAACUCCUUCGCCAUCCGCGGAAGGGGACACUCCUUCCCCUACUGCCGAAGACACUCCUUCGCCUACUGCCGAAGACACUCCUUCGCCUACUGCCGAAGACACUUCUUCGCCUACUGCCGAUGACACUCCUUCCCCCACCAUCACAAACACGACUUCUUCGCGAUUCCUGGUAGAGGAAGAACUCKUGGUCUCGCAAAACCAGGACGCAUAUGCGUACCUCACCGAGGCACAAGCCAAGCAAGACGUGUGCUCACAGAUCGAUUGGAAGCUGGUCAAUAACGAAGCCAAUCGCCGAAUGUGCAAGGACUACCUCGAAUUGCCGUACGCCAAGACCGAUGCAAAGAAGUGCGCCGAGCAAUCUUCCGAGACCAAGGUGCCCAAGAAAUUCUUCUCCGUAGCCCGUACCUCACACGAAUCCCUCGUCCACACCGGAGUCUCUGCUUCCAACCCYGAUUUYGAACGCUAUCACUUCAGCGACUCCGAGGCCCUGGAAUUUAUCGAAGAAAAUUGCGGAGCCGAUGUCGCCCRCGCCUACCAAUGCCUCGCCCCGCCAGCCUUCCGUGCGGAUCUCUUCCGCUUCUGUGCGCUCUACUCGAAUGGAGGUGUCUACCUCGACUCCGAUAUUCUGCCUUUGGUCCGCCUGGAAGACCUAUACGACCCCUGUGCGGUUGCCACCGUCGGACACGACUGGCCACAGGGGCGCCCCCAGAAGCAAAUGAAGAUCCUCGCCRGUCAGAAGAACGCUCCCAUUUUCGGAUGCAUGCUCCAAAARAUUGUUGGAAACGUGGCCAACGAAUUCUACUCCGACAAUGCCCUGGCCAUCACCGGACCCAUUGCGCUCCAGGAAUGCUACGAACUUCACUCCGAGGGUGUAGCCAUCACCUACCACGACACACGCCAGGCCGCUUUCCCAUUCACUGGAAUGCGCGACGUGCACGGCCACUCCGUCUUGGCCCUCGAGACACCUCCUACUGUCGAACGAGAAAACUACAAGACCGACGUGGAUUCCCACGAGGUCUACCGCCCAAACUGUCCACUCCACACGAACAUCGCAAAGAAGGUUGCCGCAACCGUUGUCGACAACAUGUAAAGACUUGCAAAAAGACUUGCAACUGCCCAUCAUCUUUAAAUACAAAAAUACCAUAGCA